CUAGGAGUUGGCCCAAAAAAAAAAGGGGGGGGGUCCCGGGCAAAGGUUACGCAACCCACAAUCGCUUUCGCAGAGCGUCUUGGGAAGGCGGAAACAAUCAUCAGGGAUCAAAACGACCACUGGCCGUUUAAUCGUCUCCGUCGAAGAAAAUCUCCGAGUCUCGUUUUGUGCUGGUAUUGAUCGGCCCUGAAAGAGGAGGGACGAGAGGCUGACACCGAAUAAAGAUGGGAGAAGAAAAGCGACACCAGAUGAUGCAGAACCUCUUCGGUGAUCAAUCAGAGGAAGAAGAAGAGCUUGAUUCCGAGCAUGAAUCGAAUCCCCAACCCACUUACGCUUCUGAUGAAGGGGAGGGGGGGAUAGAACCUGAGGUUGAAGGGGAAGGGGAAGGGGAAGGUGAGGGUCAUGGGGAGGUGGAAAUAGAAAGUGAAGGUGACGUGCCUGAUGGGGAUCCAGAUCCCGGUGAAAGUGAAGGAGAGAGGGAGCAAAGUUCCCAAGAGGUAGAUAUUGUUGAUCAAAGAGAAGAAAGUGAAGCAAGAUAUUCAGAUAGUGAUGCAAAAGACAACUACAAUCAGAGAGUUGUAACUAGCAAGCGUAGGGAUGUGAUUGAGAGUGGAUCUGAGAGGUCAGAAGAGCACCAUUAUCCUGAAAAUGAUGAUGAGGAAGUCGACGAAGCUAGAAGUCUAAGUGAAUCACCCAGAGAUGAUAAGGAUCGGACUCGCAUGUUGCAUUCUGCUCCUGAAAUUCGUGAUGUGUUUGGUGAUUUUGAUGAUGAAGAGGAGGAGGCAGAAUAUGCAGUUCGGCAUGACAUUGAGCAUGAUUCAAAUAGAUCUCCUUUGGAGGAGGAGGAAGGCAGUUAUGGAAAGAGCUUAAGACCAGAGGACAUAAUUGCUGAUGAAGAAACUCAUUACGAGUCAGAGGAGGAUAACAUUGAGAUGAAACUUAAAGAGAAGCCACUUGGGCCCCCAUUGGAGCUAGAAGUUCCACUUCGACCACCUCCAGCUUUUCCAGAAAAGAUGAACAUGAUCAAAGUAUCUAAUAUUAUGGGUGUUGACCCAAAACCAUUUGAUCCUAAAACAUAUGUUGAAGAGGAUACAUUUGUUACUGAUGAAUCUGGAGCCAAGAAACGCAUACGCUUGGAGAACAAUAUUGUGCGCUGGAGGAAUGCGAGAAAUCCUGAUGGCACGCUGACUCGUGAAAGUAAUGCUCGUUUUGUAAGGUGGUCUGAUGGCAGCUUGCAGUUAUUAAUAGGGAAUGAAGUUCUUGACAUAUCUGUGCAAGAUGCACAACAUGAUCAAGCACAUCUUUUUCUUAGACAUGAGAAGGGGAUCCUCCAAUCACAAGGAAGGCUAUUAAGGAAAAUGAGAUUUAUGCCAUCUUCCUUGUCUUCAAAUUCUCAUCGGCUGCUGACUGCCCUCGUGGAUUCAAGACAUAAAAAAGUUUAUAAGGUUAAAAAUUGCAUUACUGACAUUGAUCCUGAGAGGGAAAAGGAGGAAAAAGAAAAGGCGGAAAGUCAAACCAUCAGAGCUAAUGUACUUCUUAACCGUAAAAGAGAAAAGGUGAACCGGAAAUAUGCUCCACCUGUAGAUAGGAGGCGCCAACUUUCUCCUGGGUUUUUGGAGGAUGCUUUAGAUGAGGAGGAUGAAACAGAUUAUUAUAAUUCUCAUCGUGCUCAUCGUCGCUUUGAUGAUGAUUUUGAUGUUGAAGCACGUGCAGAGAAGCGAAUUAUGAAUGCUAAGAAGUCACAGCCACCCAAAGAUAUCCCUCGAAGGUCAUCUUUCCCACCUGUGAAGUCAUCCCGGCGCCCAAUCGAGUUCUCAGAUGAUGAGAGAGAGGAAUCUGAGUAUGAAACAGAUGGUGAGGAAGAUGAUCGACCUCUGCCACGAAAGAGGGCUGAGGAUACUGAACCGGAGUAUGAGGAUGAGGAAGAAGAAGAUGAAGAAGAACAUUAUGAAGAGGAAGCACAAGUUAAUGAUGCAUCAGAGGAAGAGGAGGAACCAAAACAGAAGAACAAGGAGAUCAGAGGCAUCAUGAAAAGGAAGGGUUUUGAGUCAGAUGAGGAAUCUCCUCCGAGGAAAGCAGCAACCCAUGCCCAUAGGCGAAUGGCAGUUGUUUAUGAUAGUGAUGAGGAGUGAAUUUCUUCAAAACCAGAUUACUUUCAUGUGAGCGUACCUUAAACUUAAUUGUGAAACUCGAGUGUAAUUAAUUUGUCAUUUCUUUGAGGGGAGGCCAGCAUAAUGAGACCUAGUUUUUUUGGAGAUGACGAGGAAUGCAACUUUUCCCCCCUUUUUUGAUGGCUGAA